GCGCGCGCGUGUGCGUGUAUAUUUGUGCGUGUAUGUGUGUGUGUAUUUCUGUGAGUCUGGUCCGGACUGAUUAAAACCACGAGUGUUUCUGUGAACUAGAAUCACUCUCUCUCUCCCUUUGACAUGCACACACACGCAGGCAGAAACAUUGGAUCUGUGCAACGGGAGAAGAACACGAGGAAUAACAAAAAUAAACAUUCUUCUUUUUCAUGCCGUCUGCUGCUCUGACAGCACCAUGUUAGCCAUGAUCUCCAUGCUAAAGCUGCUAACAGUGUUCAACUUUGGGUGUGUGUAUGGAGCGUUCAUAACCAUGGACACACUGGUGAGUAGCCUGGCAGGCCAGACAAGCGGAGCGACGCGCACACACACUCACACGCUGGAGAUGACAAGAAAGACUCAACGCGUAUCCAGGACUGGUUAUCACCGGGAUUCGUAUAAACUCAUCUAUGGACAUGAUGUUGCAGCCAAUAAUGAGAUAACCGACGAUGUUAAAAUCAGCGAUGAACUCAGCGCUGUGAGAAAGUACGUGGGGAAGUAAACAUUGUAAACAUUGUUGAAGGACUCAGCAGAAUGAUGGUUAUCGAUCAUCUCAGUGAUGAAAACUUGCUCAGUACUCAGCUCAGCAAUAACAUCAUCGGUGCAGAUGGACCCAGUGGGUUGGAGUUGGAUUGGGAUGGAGGUAAAGUGAUGGGUUUGCCCUUAGACUCUGGACAGUCUGAGGCUAAAAGCACUGUGAUUGAUGAUGGCAUUUUCAGUCCCACUAACACUGAUGAGUCCAGUGAGAGUGAGAAAGGCCAUGCUGAAAUUGGUCAUGUUGACAUCGCAGAGAGUAUUCCAGGCAAUCAUGUUGAAAGUGACAUUGCUAAAUCCAGUGCUAUAAGACAUGUUGAAAUUGACAGUGUUGAACCUACUGAUUAUUUUAGAAGUGACAGUAUUGAAUCUGCUGAGAGUAAAUCCGCUGACAACAUUGGGAGUGAAAGUGUUGAAUCAUCUGAUCAUGUUGGAGGUGAAAGUGUUGAAUCAGCUGAUCAUGUUGGGAGUGAAAGUGUUGAAUCAUCUGAUCAUGUUGGGAGUGAAAGUGUUGAAUCCAGUGCUGAUGAGUCGGAGGGGCCAGUGGUGCGAGUGCAUGGGGGCAGCGUACGCGGCCUCACGCUGGACAAAGCCCACGUCUUCUACGGAAUCCCGUACGCGGGCCCCCCAGUGGGGCAGCAACGCUGGCUACGACCCCAACCUGUGUUGCCAUGGUUACAGACGUACAACGCCACCUUCCCCCGGCCGUCGUGCAUGCAGGCGUGUGCCGGAGAGUUCGCUAAGAUGUGCCCUCCAAAGGUAAGUGAAGACUGCCUGUACUUGAAUAUAUUUGUUCCUCGGAGUGUGAACUUCUCGUCGCCAACGGAAACACAGCGGCCAGUCCUGGUGUGGAUCCAUGGUGGUGACUUCAUCGCAGGCUCUGCCUCCCGACCAGUCUAUGACGGACGCUUCAUCAGUAACUAUAGCAACACAGUGGUGGUCAACGUGGAGUAUCGCUUGGGUGCGUUUGGAUUUCUGGUCACAGGCAAAGACCCAGAGAUUUCGUCUGUUGGGAAUUAUGGGAUAUUGGACCAGCAGGCUGCCCUAGUGUGGAUUAAAAACAACAUUCGAGUUUUUGCAGGAGAUCCAAAGAGUGUGACUUUGGUCGGUGAGAGUGCGGGUGCUCAGUCUGUUGCCCUCCACCUGAUGAUGAGGAGCAGUGAGUUUCUAUUCAGCCAAGCCGCCAUCCAGAGUCUGCCAUUCUCCAUACCACUCAAAACCAGGUGGGAUGCUCAGAGGCUGGGUAAAGACUUUGCUCGCAUGGGAAACUGCUCCGUGUCUGACAUGAUCUGCCUGAGAAGUCUCAGCCCUCAUGAUGUGCUCCGAGCUCAGGUCAAAUCUGGAUCAAAGAUAGUAAACCCCUUCCGGUUUCUGGAGGUGUUUGAGACCUGGGGUCCGUAUAUUGAUGAGGUGUUGAUAGAGGACCAGCCAAUAGCAGCCUUCCAGAGAGGCUACUGGCAGAGGAACAAACCUGUCAUCAUCGGUACCACCUCAGAGGAGGGGGUGAUCUUUGUGUACGGGGUCUUCAGGAAGCCGGUGUCCGUGAUGGAGAGCAUGGCCUACGCUACCGCCAUCUUUAAACAGCACACAUUCACCGUUCUGCACAAGUACCUGCCCAUGUACCUCUACACUGACCGCCGCACCAUGCUGUCACAGAUUGUGACAGACUUCGUCUUCCUGUGUCCAUCGCGCCACUCUGCCCGCUCAGGCGUCUCGCUGGGCGCCGCCAUGUGGAUGUACGUGUUUGACCAGGCCCUAUCAGACCACCGCAUGUGGGCGGGGAUCACGUUCUGCUAUGACCGCGUCUGUCACGGCGCCGAACUUCCCUUCCUGUUUGACUCCGCCCCCAUAGCCAAUCUGACGUUCAAGCCGGCCGAGGCGCGGUUGGCCAAUCGGAUGCUCUGUUACUGGGGGGCCUUCGCCCACUGUGGAGAUCCCAACUCACGCACACACCAGAGCUCAUUCUGCAGAGACCAACGACUUCCUGUUUGGCCCAAAUACACCUUUGACAAUGGCUGGCCAAUCAUGAACCUCACUAUCCCUGCCCAUGCCCAGCACGGCUCCAGAGACCACAUCUGUGACUUCUGGGACAAACUGGACAUCUACUAAGAGGGACAGAGUGGGCAGGACAGGGAGAGAGAGACAGAAAGAGACAUUACACAUGCACAUGUCUAUGCCAUUGAUACAAAAAAUAAAUACUUUGGGUUAUUUUAGAUCUAAUGCUUUAUAUUCGUAAGUAAUCCAUGUUUAAUAACAAACAAUGAGAACAUAAUAUAUAUUAAUAAUAUAUAUUAUUAACGUAUCCAGUUAGCUUGAAUAACAACAACCAGGGCAUGUUGGCACUUUCCCUAACAAACAUUCCCUAAUGUUCCACCUAUUGUGUUGACAUUUUGAUAAUGCGGGCAUUUCAGCACAAAAUUAAAUAAUUAUUCAUUAAAUACACAAUUAGCGCAGUCAGUACAAAAGAUAUCAAAAAUACAAACACAAACUUCAAUUCUCAUCGUCCUCAAGGUGUGAUUUCUCUGUUCAGUACAAUCCAUAUCAUUCAAACUAUACUCAUGUGUAAGCAUAGAUCAGAGUCUCACAGUCAUAAGGGGCUGGUCACACUGCAUACACACACAAGCAAUAUCCAAUGAAAUCUGUUCUUGAGAUUCAUUAAAUAUGUCAUUAAAUACCCAA